UAAGAGAUGUUAAAAUUAUAUGAAACAAAGGAAAAUCGGAGUGUAAAAAAUGCAACUGCUCGUGAGUUUCAUAAAGCUUUCUUCAUAAUUCUUAAAAUAUUCCAAGUUUUGGAUGAACCUAUACCAAAAUGGACGUAUUUUGUCAAAAUCAUAAUGAUAUUCUGUGCUUUGAUAGCAACUGGCAUUCUAUCUCUUGCCAUCUACCACGGAAUAGAGAUAUUUGAUCUCCCCUUCAUUACAGAAGCGGGAGUAUAUUUUCUUAUUAUGUCAUAUAAACUUCUUAUACUUUCUUGUACGAGACUAAACGUGAUAAAUUAUUAUGCUUUGCACAGCAUUAUGGAAGAAGAUUUUAAGUACAUUUACGGUAAAGGUUCUAAAUACAGAACAAAGUUUCUCCGCAACCAAAUCUUAAAAAAAAUCUUUAAGUUUGCAAUAGUUUUCACCGGUGCUAUUGGCUCAGGAAUGCUAAUCUUCGCUGUUUGCUCGCUCGCAUUUCAUUCCAUUACUAACAAUUCUGGAGAUAGAAAGAGACCUCUGCUUUUCCCUUUCUGGAUAUUCGAAAUUGAUUUUGGAUUGACUCCAACUUAUGAAAUAGCAUUCAUGUUCUCGAAUAUUUGCAUUUGUGCUUAUGUGUUAAAUUAUGUUUUUAUGAUAGGUACACAGAUAAUGUGGAUUAGAGAAAUAGCGUUGAAAGCAGACAUAGUCAUUUGGAGCAUUGAAGAUCUCAUGGAAGGAAUCACACAUACGAGAGAUACUCAAAUGGAGAUGUAUUUUGCAAAUUUAUUAAAACUUAGAAUGAAAGACAUCAUUCAACAACAUUAUUCUAUGAUUUCCCUAUUGGAGCAUUAUGCCCAAGUAUAUAAAAAACUCCUUCUGUUUGAACAAAAAAUCAGCGCCCCUGUUGUGUGUCUGAGUGCAUAUGCAGCUACCGAGAAGUGGGAUGCAGGUGAAUUCAAUGCCAUUCUAAUACUUCUUUGCGUUGGAGCUAUUACUUUGAUAUUUAUUCCCUGUUAUUUGUGCACUUUUCUCUGCGUUAAGAUUAAUUCAAUUUGCUAUGCCUGCUGGAAUAUCCCAUUCUGGAAUGCUGGUCCCGUUAUUAGACCCUACCUAUUGCUCAUCAUGCAGAGGUCGCUGCAGCCACUGCCAAUAAAAUCUCCCGGCUUUGAAGAAGUCUCUUUGCAGACAUUUUCUAAUAAAAUGGCUUCAGCGUAUUCUUUCUUCAAUAUGCUGCGACAAGCAAAUAUUUAAGGAGUAGUUUAAAACACAUUACUUGUUUUACUACGCAAAAUGUUCUGAAAUAAUAUAG